AUGAAACAAAUUAUUUUUGUUCUUGCCAUACUCGCAUUUGUUAGCUGCUAAACCUACAAUUUCACAGUUUCUUAAGGUUGCAACCCUCAUCACUGUAAGAGAAAUUUCUGGUAAUUCAAUCACACCUUAGAAUCUAUGGCUUGUCCUAUUCCAGGAGAAGGAAAUGCUUACUUAUCUAAUCCUACUAUGUCUCCUAGCGAAAUGACUUUAGAGAUAGCUACUUUAAAUUAAUUUGGAAAGCGUAGCAAGGUUUAUGUACCUCUUCAAGUAAAUCAAGUCCAUAUUGAAGCCCACUUUAAUAAUAAUACUACUUUCUCUAUCUAAAAUUGCCAAGAAGCUUGGGCUUCCGAAAAUAUCCCAUUAUGCUAAAACCAUACAUUUGUUGGAGUUAGAGUCCAAAAUAACAAUAUCUUAUCUAAUUGUACUUUUGGAUUAGAUCCUAUUUUUUGA